CAAGAAAAAAGUUGUCAAGGGAAGGUUGAUAUCCGUCUGUAAGUAAACUAUGUCGAUAUAUUUUCUCUUUGACCCCAAGUAAGAGGGCUCAUAAUGGAGACCCUAGAUUACAUCGAUAAUACCAAAAAUCAUGAUACCGCCAUGAACAUGUUAGCCGAAGCUGGCAUAUAUGUGCUUCCGUGCAUCGCGCCAUAUCACGAUGAAGAAUCUUUAGAUUCUUCGGCGUAUAGCUCAUAUAGGCAUGAUGUUUUACAAUCGUAUUUCAAAUCUGUCGACGAAAUGACGAAGUACUCGAACACUUUAGGGUUGGUUGUGUCUUGCGGAUUCAUUAACAAUGCAUCCAAAACCGUCGCUGCACCAGUUAUCCGCGCCAUUGUACGCGACGUCAAGAAGUACAUCCGCCUUAUAGCCAAGAAGAAAAGCCUGAGGGCCCUCCCCGUUGGUAUAUGCGCUCCGGAUGAAAGGUCAUUGCUCAAAUUACAAUAUGACUAUUUUGUCUCGGGGUCCGAAAAGGAGGCCAUUGAUUUCUUCGGGUUCAACGAUUUCUCCCAGGCCGGUUCAUUGCCAAUGCAGCAGUCUAACUACAACGAGUUGAUCGCGAUGUUUACUUCCAGCCCUAUUCCAGUCUUCUUCUCCAUGUACGGGAACAACGCCAUCUCGCCGCGCCCCUUCCACGAGACGAACUCCUUGUACUGUGACUUUAGCAUGUUAUCGACAUUUUCCGGCGGAUUCGUUCUCGAAUUCUUCCAGUCGUCUGCCAACUUCGGCCUCAUCGAGCGAACGGAAAGUCGAAGAGGCAAUAUCCGCUUCACCAAGCUCACGGACUUCAGAAACCUGCGCGACAGGUUAAGGGGCUCGUUCAUGAGGCUGCCGCCGAUAGCAAGCGUGAGUCCAACAACCAUCUCCGCAGGUAUUAGACCGAAGAUGCCGAAAAUAAGUGAGAAGUGGCUGGCUAUGCAGACCAUUCCCAAGUCUCCCGUGCAGUGGUUCAAUGUUGAAGAGGCGAUCGACGACAGCGAAUGGGUCGACCUGAGUAAGGAUGUGUUGGACGAGGCUGUCGAAGAUCUCGGGUCCUCCUUUAAGGAGAGGUUGAAUAUCAAUGACCCAUCUUAAAUGGCUAUUCAGACUCACGAGACUAAGUUUUAAGACUAUUGAUUGGACUUGGAGUACAGCGGUAAAUCAGCGACAUUUCAGUGUAAAGUAGCCCAUUUCAUAACAGCGUUCAAAAAUAGCAUAUGAAGUCUUGAUAUCUCUAUGAGUUACAUUUCUGAAUCAUCGUGAUGAUUCAUCUGUUGAGUCACAAGGUAGAUGGGGUAUGCUGACUCUAUCUAG